GGGGCCGUAGUGGCCUUCCCGGAGUCCUUUGCGCGGCACCUGGCGACAAAAUGGCUGCCCGAGGGAGACGGGCGGAGCCUCCGGCCCGGGAAACGCCGGGGCCCGCGGGUGGCGGCGGCGGCGGGAGUCGAUGGGCAGAGUCUGGGCCCGGGACGUCGCCCGAGAGCGGGGACGACGAGGUGUCUGGCGCAGGUUCGAGCCCGGUGUCGGGCGGUGUGAACUUGUUCGCCAACGACGGCAGCUUCCUGGAGCUGUUUAAGCGGAAGAUGGAGGAGGAGCAGCGGCAGCGACAGGAGGAGCCGCCCCCGGGCCCGCCGCGACCCGACCAGCCGGCCGCCGCCGCGGGCCCCGGGGAUCCGAAGAGGAAGGGCGGCCCCGGCCCCACGCUCAGCUUCGUGGGCAAGCGCAGAGGCGGGAACAAGUUAGCCCUCAAGACGGGAAUAGUAGCCAAGAAGCAGAAGACGGAGGAUGAGGUAUUAACAAGUAAAGGUGACGCGUGGGCCAAGUACAUGGCAGAAGUGAAAAAGUACAAAGCCCACCAGUGUGGUGAUGAUGAUAAAACGCGGCCCCUGGUGAAAUGACCCCCCCCACCCCCGCCUGCCCAUGGCCUCGGACUCUGCGAUGUACAUAACUAUUUAAUGCAGUGGCAGCGGCGGCAGCCUUCCCCCCCCCCCCCCCGGAGGACUUAUACACAGAAGGAAACCGAGAUGCUUCCCGCAGCCGCGGAUGAUUCUCCAGGACUCUUUUUUACCUUGAGCACUUGAUAGAACAGUGGUUUACUGUCCCAUCUCUUCCCACCUCCUCCCUCUCUGGCUUUCUGUCUCCCUCUUUUCCCACCCUCCCCUUCUUCCCCGUAGUCAUCACUUCUGGGAAGUAAAGAACUUGAUUUAGUGCCGAACUGUGUGGUUGGUUUGCCUUCUUUGCUGUCUCUAACCUAAGUCCUAGCCCAUUGGCUGCCACUGCCAAAGCUGCAUCCAGCUGUGUGAGGGACCCAGGCCCAGGGACCUGUCGUCCUAACUCUCCUCAAAACCCAUUUCCCCCAGUCCUGACUGCUCUCCUAUUGUUGGUCCUUAGGUUCAGUUUCUCUUCACAAACCCAUUUUGGCUGGGCCUAAGAUGUUCAUUUGUUCAUUCAGCAGAUGUUUAUUGAGUGCCUGUUGUAUGCCAGGGCUGUCCUAAGCCCUGGGAACAUGGCAAGCACAAAGAGACAGGAGAGACCAUUUUGGGUGAUAACUGCAAAGAACGGGAUAGAAGCUUGAGGAGGUGGUUUUUGUUCUAUUUCAGAUGACAUUUGAUCAGAGCCCUGAGGGAGGUCAAGAGUGUGCUAUGCAGUUCUCUAGGGGAAGCUGUCCCAGGUAGAGGAAACAGCCAGUGUAAAAAGACAGGUUGGAGAGUGCCUAGCUUUUCCAGGGAGCUUCAAGGCCAUUGUGACUAGAGCCUGGUGAUUGAGGCACUGAAUGGAAGGGGGGGAUGGAUGGAUGGCUGGGUGAGAAUUUGGCACUUUAUUCUGAGUGAGGGGGCCUUUACAGAGGGAGCUAAGGAGCAACAUGGUAUGUUUUGUAUUUUAACAGGAUCUCUCUGGCUCUGGAGAAUAAACUGCAAGGGGGCCAGGGCAGAGGCUGGGAGACAGUGAGGAGCCUGGGGCCAUCAUGGGAGGAAAAGUGGUGGGGCUGGGGCUGCGUUUGGCAGUGGAGGAGGUGAGGAGUGCCAGACCUGGAUUCUAGUGAAGCUGCUCCACCUGAAGCAUGCUCGUAGCUACUUGGUACCUUUCCAAGGAGGCUGGAGGCUGCCUCACCCAGACGUAUAUACACUCAGAAGGAGAACAGAGGGGAUUUUUGUCCCACAAUGCAGACCACGGUUUUUGUCAUGUCAGGGGUGGGGUAUCUUAAAGGAAGUUUGACUCCCCUAUGGCCCUCUAGUGCUCCUGUACCUUUGUACCCUCCUCCCAGCCCCACCUGCUUAUCCUGGGUCUUAAUCUCCACCAAGCCCACAAAUGUUUUUGAAGAUGCCCUCACUGGGGCCCUUACUUCCCAGUCCGUUCUCAAACCUGCCAGACGGGAAACAACAUCUGGGCCCCCCAGCCAUGGGCCUACCUCCUAUGCUUUCCCAGGCAGGGUCAUUGAGCAGACUCUGAAUUCCAUCCCAGUGCCAGGGUCCCUCCCACCUUGAUUUAGGAGAGGACCAUGGCUCCCAGAGCCUGGGAACUGGGGGCAGAGGGAGGAAGGGCACAUAGCUGUUGUCCUGAAGGAGGGCUGAGGUGGAGGCCACCUGGCAUCUCAAGCCGUGCCAGAUCAGCCGGCCUGGGACCUGGGCUGUUCACUGAUUUAACAAAUGCUGAGCACCUGCCAUAUCAAGAUACGGUAGUGACCUGAAGACAAAAACGUCUGUCCUCAUGGAGCCAACAAGAAAACAAAAUACAGAGUACAUGCGAUGGUUAUAUAUUCUAAGGAAAAAAAUGAAGCAUGAAAUGUGGGAACUGAGAUGAGGAUGGGAGAGAAGGCAAUUUUAAGCAAGUUGGUCAGGGAUGUGGGACAGGCAAUGUGAGGAUGUCCAGAGAAGAGGAUUCCAGACAGAAAGAGCAGCAGGUGUAAAGACCCCCCCCCCCCCAGUUGAAACCAGCUUGCUAAAAAAACAGCAGGUAGGUUUUGGAACAAGAUACCUGCCCUAUUCCACUUCCCAUUAAAGCACAGUAAGAUUUGUCUGGGUUAUUUUCCACAUGAGCUCAAAGGUUUUAGGUAUGGUGAGCUGUUCGGGAUGGGUGGGGGGUGACUUUGGCUUUGGGGAUGAAGUGGGAUAAGGGACACACAAAGCCAAGGGAGCCAUCUGUACCUCCUUCCUCAAAGCCACCAGCAGCUGCUGAAUCUUUAAAAGGGAACUCAUGAAGUAGGUCGUUCCUGCAGUGGUGCAGCUUCUGUUCUGGAGUGUCAGGAGGCAGAAGUUGACGUAAUCCUUUCCCUGUGCUUACCAGCCCUGACCUGGGGAACGUCUGAAGGGGGAGAAGAAUAAAAUUUAGGUUUCAGUGAAUCAAACAGCCCAGGCUUCGAACUAUUCUGGUGCCUGUUAGCUGUGUGAUCUUGGGUACGUCACUUAACCCAUCUGUGUUUCAGGUUUUCUCUCUGUAAGAUGGUAAAAAAUACCAACGCAUCUCUAAGAGUCAAGGUCUAAAGUAAACGGAAUAUUCAUAUCGUCAGCUUUAACCUUGACAUUGUCUAAAACAGGUAUAAUUGCUGCUUCUUACGGUGAAGAAGUUGGCUUGUGUUUGGGGGCUGUGCUUGAAAAAUGCUGUCCUUUUAACCGCGCAGUGUGAUUAGAUGCUCACCACAGAGACCAUUGUAAAUUGAAAGCCGUUUGUCUCCCAUCUGGGAUCACAGUUGGGUAUCAGCUUCCUGAGUUUAUUUUUGCACUGAGUGCUUCUAAUUGAAGUUUGCCGUGCACGGGGCUGUUGUGAGACUUGCAUGAACAGACAAUGCUCACGCAGUAGCUUAAGAAACGGAAAAAAAAAAAUCCAAUUCGGCUCCCAAAUCCAUCAGCUGUGAAAAGGACAAAAGACUUCUCUCACCACAUGAGGGCCAAUGAUGCGGACCAAGCAGGCAGCAGGGGCCUCUUUGUACUGCUCCUACUCUCCCUUCCCCUGAGGUUUGUACAGCUCUGCUGGAAACAACAUAAAAUUAAGGGGGUGAGCAUUAACAAAUUCUCUCCUGCAUCCCCGGCCCAUUACCCACGUGUCUCUUAUCUGCGGCACUCAAACCUGACCAGAAGGCUCCUACCCUUCGCCCCCUCCCGGAACCUCCAAACCCAGUUCCAGCCCGGCAGUUCCACUCUCCCUUAUGCUCAACAUUCAACCAGGAAAGUCCCUAGACACCCCACGUUUGUUUCUCAGGCAGAGCCCGCAGCACGGCAAGCCUGGCGCUAGUCAUGACGGGAUUUGUAGUUUCAGAGCUCACGGCGGUGUCGAGAAAAAGGAGGCUUUUGUGCACGUGUCUGUCAAUCCCAGUUUCUUUUCAGUAGAGCCGGUUGCCGUGGGAAUCUCAGCUGCUCUUUUAGGGAGCCUUUUCCGACCCUCGGGGAGAAGUUUAGGGGCCAGGAGACUCUUGCCAACCAUGAAAGGCACCAGUGCUCGGCGCAGAGAUGUUUUAUAAACGGAGCCGGGACUUAUUUUGACGACGAUGAAGUGGGCUUGAAGGAACCUGACCCCUUCUCCAGCUGGGGCAAAAAUCGACCUUGUGCACUCCUGAGACUCCCAAAAUCCCUCAGGACAGGGCAAGUUUGCCCUUUGGUUUAGAGCACUGGUUGAUUCUAGUGAAUAUUGACACAGUGUAUACGGAAGGGCUGAAUACAAAGGGCGGGAAUGGGUAGGUGGUUAAACUACAAUUUUAGUUACCUUUAUUUUUAAUUGUAAAAAUAUAGGUAACGCACCAUUUAAAACCACAGUUCACUGCAGGCCAGGCAGUGCUAAAUAUGGAUUAUUUCUGAUCGAGCAAAUUUAUUCUCACGCUAGUGUGACAAGUUGGGAAACGGACUAAGAGUGGCAGGAGGUAACUGGCAGGGCAAGGAGGGGAAAUUGGGACACCUCAGGGUUUCUAGCUCUUCCCAGCUUCGCUGUGCCGUCAAGAGAGAGAAAGUGUCCUUUUCUGUUCCCACAUGGCAAGGAAUCACAAAGAUUCCUUUCUUUAAGACCCUGCCCCCCUUAAUUUCCUGGGCUGUUCCAGGAUCUAUCCAACCUCAGGCAGGAAAAGGAACUAGACCUUCUGCUCCAGAGUUCAUUAUUUAUUAGUUCAUUUUAUUUCAAUUUUUAAAACUUUUUUUUCAUGUUCUUGUAGAAAUUGUCAAACAGUAUAGGAAAAUAACACGAAAGUGUCAGAGGCUUCCGCAGGAACCGCGCCCGUCUCAGGAACUCCCUUUUUGCGGCAUUUUUUCCUUUGUCUCUAGGGUAUAAAUUUCACCACAGAUUCAGUCCCUUCUUUCUUUAUUCGCACGUAGUGUGUUUCUCUGAAGUACUCUCUGGAUGGGGGAGGGAGGCACAGUUCAAUUCUUAGAGGACGGUGUGGUGACAAAGGCUUAGUUGACCCAGGGCCUGGCCUAGGGGUAUGUGGCUCCACCACACACUGCAAGUCUCCACACGCCACCGAACACCUGAUUCCGGCAAAGAACUGUGGUCAGGCGGGUGUGGAAGAGGCUUGAGGUAACGAGGUGACGGGAGGAGCCACUGGCCAGAGAGGCCAAAAGACGCAGCAACUCUU